AUGAAGUCUUCUCAAAGAAGUGAAAGUAUGAAUUCAUUUUUUGAUGGUUAUGUCAAUAGAAAAACUCCGUUGUCUGAUUUUGUUGAUCAAUAUGAAAAGGCAAUUGCUAGCUGUCGCGAUAUAGAAGAGAAAGAGGAUUUGAUAUCAAUGACUACCAACCCUGAUUUGACAAAUAUGCAUAGCUUGGAGGCUCAUGCUGGAGAAGUUUAUUCCCGGAAUAUAUUCAAAUUAUUUCAAUAUGAAUUUAUGCAGAUUUUGCAUUGCCAGCACAGCAAAAAAGUAGUUACAGGUGGCGAGAUGGUGUAUGCUGUAACUUUCAAGGAUCAUAAUAGGUCACACACUGUUCAGGUAAAUAUUUUCACUCAGUUUUGCAAGUGUUCAUGUGCUAAAUUUGAGACAUGGGGUAUUCUUUGCAAACACAUACUAUAUAUCAUGAAGCAAAAAUUAAGAUUAAAGAUCAUACCUGCUGAAUAUAUUUUGUCGAGAUGGACCUUAAAUGUGAGGCAUACAACCAGUUCAACAGCCAGUGGGAACAAUGAUGGUGCACCUGGUUUGAAUAUAGAUUGCAACACUAAUAAGGUAACUUCCCUUGAAGCUUGGACAUUGCGAGGUGAUUUUAAUAAACUUUAUGAAAAGAUAAUUACUCGUAGAGACCUCUAUGAAGUAAUAGAAAGGGAAAUAAAGAUGUGGUGGAAAAAAGUUGGCGAGAUUGAAAAUAAACAAAUGCCACCAUCGGUGUUCGUAAAUGUAGAUGAUUUUUCAGAGGCAAAUAGAACGGAUAAAAGCCCUCAAGAGAUGAUGUUCAAUUUCACAAUCAGCGAUCCUAGCAAAUGCAAGACGAAAGGUAAACCACGUAAUGCAUCAUGA